GUUUAUAUGGAAACAGGGUUCUCUUUAUUUAAAUUAAUUGUGGAAGAGAUAUGAAGAUGCAUACUUCAGCAAGUAAGGUAAAUCUAUAUCCAGUAACGACCAAGGGUAUUCUGAAUUUGUCAUUCUAACAGUCUAAAAUUGAUUUACUUUCCUCUAAGAAAUAUGUGAUAUUUGCAUCUGUCUAACGAAGUAACUGAUUUAGAUGGCCCAUAGGCCUAGCAUCCAUUAUGUUAAUUCAUAAAUUUUACUUUAUUAAAUCAUACCAUGAAAUGUGUUCAGGGAUGUUACAGUCAAGUAUGUACUUAAAAAUCAGCUUAAGACUAUAAGCAUUGACGCCUCAUCAUAUGAUGAUGAUAUUUUAAUUGACAGUAGACUUAAAUUAUAGUGCCUUAGACACAAAUCUUUAUCUUUCUGUGUUUGGACUUCUUUGAAAUGUAUUUUAAACUUCGCAUGUGCUGGUUUCAUAAUUUUUAAUAUUAAUGUGUCAGCAUCCUGAAGAUAAAUAAGGUGUGGGUUUAAGAGUACCUACCAGUAGUUAGCUUAAUAUUAGUGCUGUCACUUCAUGAAACCUACAUAGCAUGGAAUCUACAUAGCAUUUUCUUGAUAAAAUUAUUGUCUUUCACCUGUCAUGGUCACUUAUAGUUGGCCCUAUCUUUUAUCAUUCCUGAAGUUUCACUCAGAGUUGACUUUUACUUGGUUGUUCUUUACUGAAAACUUGAAUAUAAAGGUGCUAGGUUGUUUAGUAAAUUGUAAACGUGGAAGUAGAGAAGUGUUGAAGGGCACAAGUACGUUUUUUAUUAUUUUAGGGAGUAUUUAAAUGAUUGGGCAACCCAACAGUUUUAACAUUCAAAAAUUUGUCAGCUUUGCACUCUCAAAUAAGGAAUGUACACUUUUGUCUGUUUUGAAUAAUCAGUGUAUAUGGGACAUGAAAUACUAAUUUUAAAAUCCAGAGAAAUGAGUUAUCACACUCACCAGCAGAACCUGGGUUAAGUUUUGUAUCAAGCGAUCUAAUUUUAUUAGACAAACUGAUAAUAGAUGGAAAGGGCAGCUUGUGGGCAUAUAAUGCUGCCUUCUGCAGCAGACAUCAGCAUAAGAGCAGUUUGAAAGCAACUGUGUUAUAUAUUCUUGUUUACUGAGAUAAUUUGAAGGGAAAAGACUAUCUCUAGUGUAUGAAUUGAGGCUUGUAAGGAAAGAAAUGCUAAAGCUGCAAAGCAAGUAAGAAUCACUUGCAGACCUCUGCAUCCUCCAGGGAGAAGGACACUGUGAUAUGCCAUGAUAACCACCCCAUGAUAAUAUUUGGUAGAGUUGCAUCUUACAGUUCUUAAGCUCUGCAUUUGGAAGUGUUUUGUAGGACUCCCUCAAGGGUCAGAAGUGACAGUCGUUUGUAUGCAAUGCAAACAGGGAUGAAGAUUGAUAGUAAAACCCCAGAAUGCCGUAAAUUUUUAUCCAAACUUAUGGACCAGUUGGAAGCUAUGAAAAAGCAAUUUGGUGAUAAUGAAGCAAUUACUCAGGACAUUGUUGGUUCUGCUCAUGUGGAGAAUUAUGCCUUGAAAAUGUUUUUGUAUGCAGACAAUGAAGACAGAGCUGGGCAAUUUCAUAAAAACAUGAUAAAGUCCUUUUAUACUGCAAGUCUCCUGAUAGAUGUUCUAACAGUAUUUGGGGAGCUCUCUGAAGAGAACGCCCAGCACAGGAAGUAUGCUAGGUGGAAGGCAGCAUACAUUCAUAACUGCUUGAAGAACGGAGAGACUCCUCAGCCUGGGCCUAUUGGAAUGGAAGGGGAGAGCUUUGAUGUUGAAAAGGAAGAAGCAGAGUCAUCUUCUCUCCAUAGUGGAACAACUCAACCAACAUCGUCAUCUACAUAUGAAGGCAACAACAAAGCAACUAGUAAUUACACUGGCGUACAUAUACCACCAGGUGCCCAUGCACCAGCCAACACUCCAGCUGAAGUACCUCAUAACACAGGAGUGACAAGUAACACCAUUCAGCCUUCUCCUCAGAAUAUUCCACUAGGCGAUCCUUCCCUUUACAGUGCUCAGUCUGCAGGGGAAGUCCAUUUGACUCCAGAGGACUUUGCCAGAGCUCAAAAAUAUUGCAAAUACGCUGGCAGUGCUUUGCAAUAUGAAGAUGUGAGCACUGCUGUACAGAAUCUACAGAAGGCCCUGAAGUUACUGAUUACUGGCAAAGAAUGAAGCCUUUAUCCAACAGAUUUAUGGCUUUUGCCUAAAGAACUAACAGCUUAUUACUGUACCUGUUAGGGGAGUGGAGUUAUACAGAAGUUAUCAGUCCCAUCACCAUGACAGUGAAAUUACUGUUUCAGUGUCAGGUUAGCAAUUAAUGGUGCAGUAGGUAACUCUCUUUUCAUUUUACAAACUGUGGAGCUAGAAAUAUACGAAUGCAGUGGCUUGAUAAUAAGCAAAAUGCUAAAGAAAGUACUGUGAACACUGCUCAAGAGUUAGAAUUAAUCUUGCAAUAUCUAGAUUAUUGGAAUGGGAAAAAGCUGAAAAUGUAAAAAAACUUGAGGAUGAGAAUGUUCUAUUAAAAUUCGUGCUCUGAUUUUAUUAUUUCAAACAGUUAUUUAAUAAUAGCUUUAAAAUGGUAGGUUAGAUUAGUGUUUUCCUCUGGAAAUGAGAGCAUGUGG